AGUCACGAUUACAUGAAUGCUCUUCUUCAAGGACUGUGCUGGCGAUUGCUGGAGAAGACUUUUCUAUCGUCGCCUCUGACACGCGACUGAGCGAAGGUUAUGCCAUUCACUGCCGGGACAGCCCAAAAUGCUACAAGCUGACGGAACAAACGAUCAUCGGAUGCAGUGGUUUCCACGGUGACUGCCUUACCCUUACUAAAAUUAUUGAAGCAAGAUUAAAGAUGUACAAGCAUUCCAAUAACAAGACCAUGACUACUGGGGCUAUUGCAGCCAUGCUGUCCACAAUUCUGUAUUCUCGACGUUUCUUUCCUUACUAUGUUUACAACAUAAUUGGUGGACUUGAUGAAGAAGGGAAAGGAGCGGUAUACAGCUUUGAUCCAGUAGGCUCAUACCAACGAGAUUCUUUCAAGGCAGCUGGAUCAGCAAGUGCCAUGCUGCAGCCCUUGCUUGAUAACCAGAUUGGCUUCAAGAACAUGCAAAAUGUGGAACAUGUGCCUCUGACCCUGGAAAAGGCUUUGCAGCUGGUUAAGGAUGUCUUUGUGUCUGCUGCUGAGAGAGACGUGUACACUGGGGAUGCACUUAAGAUUUGCAUUGUCACAAAAGAUGGGAUUAAAGAGGAAACUGUCCAGUUACGGAAAGACUGAUUCGGUUCACUCAUAAACACGUGAUCUGUGAUGUACCAUUUACUUGUGUUAAGAAGGCAUUUGUCUUAUUAAAUUUUUUCAAGAUGUUC